CAAUAUGUAUGGUUGCAACUGUGUUUCAAUUUUGUCAUAAAAUGUUAUCGGUAAUAUUUAUGACGCUGGAAAUUGCUUCGAAAUAAAGUCAAAAUCAAAUAUUCGAGAUGAUUCUAUUAUUUUUCGUAGUUUUAUCCUCGUGCCAUUGGAGUACACAACAUCUCACAUACCCAAUAAACUACUGCAACAUGGCGUCUGUCUGUAUCCAUGACAACCGUGUGGUGUGCGGUUCGACUCCCGACGGCUGUAGCAGGAGAAGGUUCCUCGACCAGUGCGAUAUGUACGAAUACAACUGCGACUAUGGAACGAGGUACAGCGAAACCUAUAUACUGUAUUGUACGUGGCCAAGUUUGGAUCCAUCACUAAUAGAAAAACCAAAUGGAUUUACUGGAUCUACUAAUAUGGAAAGCACACAUUCAUCAACCACUGAGUUUGUCAAAACUAAGUCUGCAGAAGCUACUGUGUGUUGUAAUAGACCUGAAACGUGGGAGACAACUACGGAACCCGUUAUCGACGUUUCAAAACGAUUGAUGAACUUUGAAUCAGAUAUAACUAAAAUGUCUUCAGAAACUACAACAGUAUCAAAAUUAUCUAGUAAAGAAGGAAAGAUGCUAACAAGCAAACCACGGACGUUCUAUUUUCAAUUAGAUUUAUGCGAUCCUGGUGCAGAUCAUGAAUUAUCGACAACGGAUAUAGUUAUAAUAAGUACAACAGAGAAGCCAAUACAAGGAGAUGAUUAUUUGAGCGUUGAAGAACUAAAAUUAA